ACAGCUUAGAAGACAGCACAGACCUUCCUCAUAUACAAGGGUCACAGCAGUGCCCUGAGCUUCUGUAAUCAGGCUGGAGCAUUGGGAAAGAAAACAGGGAUAGCCAGCUCAUCAUUAACUAGACACUGCAUCAAAGUGAAAGAAAUGAAGAUGAUUGCACCCUGGGAUCGAUGGUACUCUAACAGCUGCUGCCUGUGUUGUCAUGUUCGCACUGGGACUAUAAUCCUAGGGAUAUGGUACAUGAUCAUCAACUCGGUGGUUCUGUUGAUAUUACUUAGUGCUCUCAAUGAUCCUGACCAGUACUGGCUUCCAAAUUCAGAUGUGGGAAAUGACUUUGAUUUUAUGGAUGAUGCCAAUAUCUGCAUAGCUACAGCCAUCUCUCUUCUAAUGGUCCUGAUCUGUGGUAUGGCAACAUAUGGUGCAUAUAAGCAACAUGCUCCAUGGAUUAUCCCAUUCUUUUGUUACCAGAUCUUUGACUUUGCACUUAAUACCCUUGUGGCAAUCAGUGUAGUCAUUUAUCCAAACACAAUUCAAGACUAUCUUCGUCAGCUGCCUGGCAGUUUUCCAUACAAAGAAGAGAUUAUGUCCAUGAAUCCGUUAUGCCUGGUUGUGAUCAUUCUGGUCUUCAUUGCGAUGAUUCUGACCUUUAAGGCAUACUUAAUUGGAUGUGUGUGGAAUUGCUACAGGUACAUUAAUGGAAGAGAUGCCUCAGAUGUUUUGGUGUAUGUAGCCACAAGUGACACCACGGUUCUUCUGCCUCCUUACGAUGAUACUAUCAAUGAACAAGUUAAAGAAGACCCGCCUCCUCCUUAUGUAUCAGCAUAAAGUAAUAAAAUUAAAUUACAUGAGAUCUUUAAACUUUUUUCAAUCCAGUUAAACAAUGGCUAAGAUAUGCCACUCCUGUUUUCUUUUUACCUGAUUGUUUGUGAUGACACUUUACUGUACAUAAAUUAACUGACAGGUUAAUAAAUAAUUUGCAUUGUACUGGAAAUGAACUUCAGCUUAACUGUGUGAGACUAUGUUGUCUAAUUCUUAAGUACAUUUUACUAGCCCCAGUGAAGAAAACAUAGUUCAAAGAUACUGAAAUAUUAUUUAGCAAGAUGAGUACUAUGAAAUGCUACAUGUAAAACUGAAGGACUGAGUAAUGCACGAUUAGAUGGAGGCUGCUUGGUUUGCUGGAUUUACAUUCAUUUUUAAUGUUACAAGAAGUGAAGAUCUGCUUUCUUUAACAUAGCAUGUAUAAAAUUACUCAGUGCUUAGCAUUGCAUUUUCUGGAGCUGAAGAAUAAGCAGUUAUUUUUAAAGUAAUGCACUUUAAGCAGUAAUGUAUUUGGGUGGGCCUAUUUUUUCACGUCCAUUGUCUAAGUUCUUAAUGUCUUACAAGAGAAAAAUAAAACGCUGACAAAGGCUUAUGUUAACAUACAAAAAAAUAUGUAUAACUUUAAGUAAAAUACAGUUGAAAAUAUUUUAGAUAUAGUAGUAGUCCAAAUGGUGCAUCACUAAACUAUAUUUAUAUUAACACUACUUUAAGAUAACUGGUGGUAUUAAAGAGUUAUUUAUACUGA